CAUGCACGUCGCUUUAUAAGUGCAAUAAUCUUGGAUGCGACGUUAAACCCCAUUUCACCUCACCUAAUAUCAUGACAGGUGAAGUACCUCUCUCAGAUAAGUGUUAUUAUCAUUACAAGAGAAGUACUCCCCUUUAAUAAGCAUUAUCAUUAUUACAAAUAAAGUACUUUCCUCGGAUAAGCGUUAUUGUCAUUACAGGUGAAGUGCUUUCUUCAGAUAAGCGUUCAUCUCAUUACAGGUGUUGGUCUGGACAUGAGCUGUUUCCGAAAGACUGGCGGGUUCUAUCCCAACCCCACGUCCUGCGAGGAGUACUAUGUUUUGUACCAGCGACAGGCUCCACAGAUUCACGUGCCAGACUGGCCAGUUGUUCAACCCUCGAACAGGCAGUUGUGACAAGUCACAGAAUGUCCAGUGUCACGUUGUCCGGCCGGCGGUCACUCCGACAUCUCACCAACUUGGAGGGUCAUUCUGUGUCGGGAAGCCAGAUAACUUCUACCCCAGUCCUGACUCAUGUGACCAUUAUUACAUCUGUGCCAACCAGUCGGCCAUUCAAGCUACCUGCCCCUAUGGUCUGCUUUACAGUCCGACCAAACAAUACUGUGACUUGCGUAGCAGAGUGUCAUGCCUGCCUGGUCAGACAGUGCCUCCAUACACCACGCGUGCACUCCCUUCCAGGUGGCUCAAACCGACAACCGCAACAUCUAAACCUACACAGUUACCUGCUUCUACAUCCUCAGGGAAGUCGGCAAUAUCCACGCUGCCAACGACAACUCUGAAUCCAGGGACGGCCUACUCCUCCAUCUGCCGCAACCAGCCGAACUCCUUGAUGGCAGCCCCUGGUACGUGCAGGAAAUAUAUUCAGUGCUACUACCAGAUGGCUGUAGCGAGGACCUGUCCAACCGGAACGGCCUUCAACAAGAUGAUUCAGGCGUGUGACUUCCCUUACAAAGUACCUGGCUGUCACUGAACCAACGUGUGCCACCACCAUCUCUGGGAGUCGUGCAGCUGUACCACCACCAUUUCUGAGAGUCGUGCAGCUGUACCACCACCAUUUCUGGGAGUCGUGCAGCUGUACCACCACCAUCUCUGGGAGUCGUGCAUCUGUACCACCACCAUCUCUGGGAGUCGUGCAGCUGUACCGUCACACCACUGGCAGUCGUGCAGCUGUACCACCACCAUCUCUGGGAGUCGUGCAGCUGUAUCACCACCAUCUCUGGGAGUAGUGCAGCUGUACCGUCACACCACUGGGGAUCGUGCAGCUGUACCACCACCAUCCAUGGGAGUUGUGCAGCCCUACCACCACCAUCUCUGGGAGUCGUGCAGCUGUACCACCACACCACUGGGAGUCGUGCAGCUGCAUCACCACCAUCUCUGGAAGUCGUGCAGCUGUAUCACCGCCAUCUCUGGGAGUCGUGCAGCUGUACCACCACCAUCUCUGGGAGUCGUGCAGCAGUUUAACUUCUCAAAACAAUCAAUGUAAAAUAGCUUGUCUUUGUCACUACGUUCAAUAAAAUAUGUCCUAUCGUA